AUGCUGAACUUUGUAUGCCCCAUGUUGAAGUUGUUGUUGACAUGGAGUCAUGUUCAGCAACAACAAGAUCAUCGCAAUGUGCAUCGCCGCCGUGGCUCUAUAUCAAGCCAUGUGCAGGCCGAGAAGCAAGUGGCCGAGACGUUUGGACUACUCGGUGUACCUGGUGUCGGUGUCGGUGUUCCCGGUGUCGCUAGUGUCGGAGUGUGUGGCCCCGGUUACGUUGGACCAGGUGUUGGUGUCGGCAUCCCGGGCGUUGCUAGCGUUGGUGUCAGUGUGCCUGGUGUCGGUGUGGGUGUAAACGGCGUUGGUGUCGGUGUACCUGGUGUUGGUGUGGGUGUAAACGGCGUUGGUCUUGGCGUGAAUGGUGUUGGAGUUGGGGUGGGCGUUCCGGGUGUCGCUUGCGUGGGUGUGGGUGCUUCCCCUGUAGUCGGAGUGAACGGUGUCCAAGUUGGUGCACCUGCUACCGUUGUCCACGACGGUGUCGACGUCGGCGUUGGAACUGGCGCGAGCAAGACUGUGACCGUGACGAGUGAUGACGGUGCCAGCACGGCGAAGACGUCCACCGGUACGGGUGGUGCGUCGGCGACCGCCACUGCAAGCGCUUCUGCGAACGCGAACGCGAAUGCUGGUGCGAAAGCCGGAACCGGUGCCACAUCUCACAAAUCGUGUCCCCAACUUCGCUCUGAGGAGUGA